CUGCUGCGCCUCUGUCCGCGGCGGUGCUCGGUGCUCGGUGCUCGGUGCUCGGUGCUCGGUGCUCGGUGCUCGGACACUCCAGCGCGCGAGGUUGCUGCCUCUGCGCUCUGCGGCUGUUCGUAAACGAGACACCACGGAUAUAUCCUGAGCAGUUCUCCACCACGCGUGUUCCGAGGCCAUGUCGCUCAGGCCGGUACAGGAGCAGGCCAGCUCGCUGCGGUGCCCUCCUCGGGGCAUGGCGGGAGACCUGGGUGACACUGCCAGCAAACAAAGAAGAGCUGAUGUAUUCCCGGGUAAACAGGUGCUAAUACUUGGUGCUGAAGAUGAUGGCCGUGAUGGAGCAGUCGCCAGACACGAGCCACGACCCCGUGCAGGACUUCCUGACGUCCGGCCGCACUGGUCGAAGGAACGCCCUGCCCGACAUCCUGGGAGAGCACGCGGCCACCUCCACCGCGGACCUGCCUGUCUGCAUUCAGCAGCUCUCCACCGCGGAUGCCUCGUCUAGUGGGGCAUCUACUUCUUCCUCGACUGCAUCAGACUCGCCCACCACGUCCAGUAACACCACUCCGACAGAACCAACUGACAGUGAAAUGCAGGACGCGAACACUGCCACGACAAGUAGUUGAACCAGUUCUGGUGUGAUCAGCCAUCAUGAAUAACGUAUUGGCUAACUGUGGGUUGUCAAUUAGCGUGCUGCCAAAGAUUUAUCAUAACGUGAACUCUAUUUUACAACUGAUGGCUUCAUGGACCUACAUACAAUAAUGCAGUAAUAAUACUGCAUUUUAUUGAACAUUUUCAAUCUGUAUUAUUAACCAUGACAUUUUAUGUAAGGACUACGAGCAUAUUAUUUUUUAACCAUUUAUAGUUUUUAUUUAAUAAACUUUCCAUGGAAUGUUUUUCUAGAUCUGUUUGCCAGAGAGGUAGUUUAGAUACUGUUUAUAUUUCAUUUGUAAUUUUGCUGCAGAUCAUAAUGCUACAAAAUUAGUGUGUACGCAGAAAUACUGGCUUAGCUAAAACCCCGACUUCGUGAAUUUUUUUUAAAGCAGUAUUUGUAGUGUAAUUGAGUAAUAUGUAGAUGUUUCCUUAAUGCAAGACUGAUGUAACAAGAAAAUGGUGGUAAAAUUAAUAAGCAUGUGUUUUAACACUGUUUUAUUGUGCAGUAAAAUGCACAGUUGCUGUAAUGCUUUCAUAUAUUAAUUAGAACAAACUUGUAAUACACAUGUGCACAGUGUUUUAGAAUAAUGAAUUUGUGUUGCAAUUAAUAUGUUGUAUUUUACAAAACCUACUCAAAAUAUUUUAGAAAAAAUAAAAAUUUCAACCAACGUAAUUAUUUAUGCACUUUUGUUCUCAGUUAAGAUGAGCAUAUUUCAAUUUUUCAAAACAUGGCAUUUUUAAAGUAAUUAGCAUGUGAUUAUGGGCUCUACUGGCAAAAUUUAAUAUUUAAUAUUUUCAAAUUACUUGGUUCAUAGUUGUAUCAACUUAACAGUGUGUCAAAAAUAUCAAAACAUAAUGCUGGAUAACAAGUUUACUUAAUUUGGUUGCUGUUUGAAACUUUUUAGUGCUAUGACAUUGUUUUUGUAUUGAUGCAUCAUGAUGUGCUGGUUGUUUGUGAUGAAUAUUGUUGAAAAAAAGAUAGUGUUGUAUUUAUGUACAUGUUAUUUUUUUGUACAGAAUCAAUUAAUUUCUGUAUGAAAUCUUAAAGUAACUGUACCAAUAAAGUUAUACUGUAUACAGGUAUAAAAUGUGCAUACUAGUAAAACAUCAAAAUACAACAAAAAUUGUACUUGUGAUAAGCUGUGUAGCAUACAGUUUAUAAAAAGCUUUCGUUUGUAAAUAAAUUUAUUGAAUAUUGUGUUGUA